AUUCAGCUCUGCGCGGCGGGGAUCCUCAAACAGAGCAACCUCACGUUACAUUAAGAUUCAAAAAAAGAAGAAAACGGCACAUUGUAACGCUGUUUAGAAAGGUGCGAUAUAGAUCAAGUUUAUUGUUUAUUAUUAUUAUCACCGGUCUAUACCGACACUGUCGACGGUAACAUGGAAGCGACACACGCGGGUUUGGGCCGCUGUGCUUGCGCAUUCUGGCUGGCGGUGGUCUUUGACUUCGUCGGGCUGCUCGUUCUCCUCAUUGGGGUCUUCUCCGGUAUGUUUUUCUUUGACUUUCUCAUCUACGCCGGCUCCAUCAUCAUUUUCCUCAGUCUGAUCUGGUGGGUGUUCUGGUACACGGGUAAUAUUGAGGUCCCCCCCGGCGAGCCGGAGGAGGACGUGGGCACCGCAAAGAAGAACAGGGCGGGCAUCGCGAACACGGUCCGGCGCCUCUCCAGCCGGCUGUCCCGCAGCAUCAGGAGCUCCCUCUGGCGCAAAGGAGGGCCGGACCGCUCGCAGGGACACGGUGCACACAUCACCGCAGACACACAACAACGACAACAACCUGCUGACCUCAACGACAACGCGCACACUGUCGACUGUGUUUUGCCCAGUCCUCACACAACAACAGAGACCUCUCCAACCUGACGGGUCAAGAACUUGACCGCUGCACAACAAAGCCCCGUUUCCACAUGACUGGUGAUGACCGAAUUAACGCCUUGGAACUGGUUGAUUUUUUCCCCUCUUCCAUUAAAAUCUCCACAGUAUGCUGCACCUGCCUUAAACUGCUGAUGAAUGUCAACACUUUCUCAAAAUGUCAUGCGACACAAGUUGUAACUUUGUCCUAUUUCUAUGCACAAUAAGUCUUCUUCCCUCGAU